GUGCGAAUCAAGAGCCACUUGCCUCCACAGUGCCGUCCGAGGGGCGCUACGCUGUGAUGGCGCCAUGGGAUCUUUCACUGCGCAAUGAGCUUUGCAUUUCCAUCGGAUGCCGAACUGGACCAGGCGGGGGAGGCUCCAGCAGUCUUGGAUCCCUAUGGUGGGCAGCAGCUCGACCCAGUCGACCCAGUCGACCCAGUCGACCCAGUCGACCCAGGGGCUGGUGUAGUUGCCUCCGCCAGUGAAUUGAUUCAGGAAUUCCGCGAUCGGCAGGAAAUCCUGGCACAGGCGGCAGCAGUAAAGCAAGAGAUCAAGGAAGAGCUUUGUCAGGAGGGUACGGAAUACCAAUGGGUUCCACUGGCUGACGGAGAGGUGAACUGGGAUGUUUUGAUGGCCCCGUCAUCCGAACACAAUGAAGCGUGGGCAUGGGUGCCGCAAGCAAAUGACAUCGAUAGCGAUGAUGAAGGAUUAGUGCUGUGGGAGGCACCUGACCAAGAUGGCCUCAAAAAAGCUUGGCAAGAGAUUUGCUCCUCUUUCCCAGUGAAGGUUGAACCCAUUGCUCCUGAAGUUGUCAAACCGUCAGCCAAGACCCGGGCCGAGCGGCCCGUGGACCAGGCGCCAAUGGUUCCAACAGUCAAAAAAAAACCAAAGAUGGAAAAAGGCACCGAAGAGAGGCUUGACUCCUGGGACCCUCCAACGGCCAAGGCCAAGGCGCGAACAGCCAAGCCUCGGCAGCUAGUCUACCAGGAACCUAUGGUGCAACCCACGCCCAAGACGAAGAACCGCCCCGGGCAGGCACAGAAACCAGCGCAAAAGACGCCACCGCCGCCGCCUCCUGUAGUGGCAACAGCCGCAACGACGCUCGUGAAGGAAGCGGCAGAAUGCGAGGACAUGACAACGGAGGAAGCGAUGGAAGCAGCAGCCGACGGCACUCAGAAGCCCAGAAUUUUCCAUGGUACCGUACUCCUCCCAGGGCCAUUCCAAUUCCAAUGGCCACGGCAGGAUGCGGAGGCGACAGAGCAGACACAGGCUGAGGAGGCGGACCAUGAGGAAGCAGCCUUCUUCCGGCACUGGCUACUGCAGGAGCUGCGAAAGGGUCCGCGUGAACCGCAAAUGGAAGAUGGGGAGGACCACAUGCCACGACUCCACGGACACCAAGGACCAUCCCGACGAUCUGGUUUUGCCCGCCAUCCAACAUCCGUCAUCUAGGCCAAGGCUGAACGCUGACACGCGCAUGGCACCAGAGAAUGCUGAAAAGCCAA